AAUUCAGUCGACGCCAAGCCGGCACGCGUGUUGGCUGAAUAUUUUUCUCGCGUGUUACAACGUUGCACCGCGCCGUUUGCCUUCUUUUACCUCGCCUCGUCUCGCCGCGUCUUGUCGUACCUCAUCUCAUCUCGUCUCAUCUCGUCUUGUCUCGUCUCGUCUUUUCUCGUCUCGUCUCGUCUCGUAUCGUAUCGUCUCGUCUCGUCACGUCUCGUCUCGUCUCGCCUCGUCUCGCUUCGUUUCGCUUUGCCUUGUCUUGCCUCGCCUCACCUCGCCUCGUCGCUUUUCGUUUUUUCUCGCGUCCAGUUGUGAGUUCUCGAGAGUCUGUCUGUCCGUCUCUCUCUUUCUCUCACUCUUUUUUUUUUGUCAACACAUAAAUGCAAAAGUUGCAUUCGAUGCAAUGCGAGUAAUCGGUCCGUUUGCAUUUGUGGCGUGGAACCGCAAGGAGGCGUGCUACGACGAUGCUAGAUCAUCGAAGUAAGGACGAUCUAGCCGCCUCGUGUCGUGUGUGAGUGCCAACGUCGAUAUUCCUCGUUGUUUCGAACAAGUGGAAAGAAGUGUCGAGUGGGAGGUUCGCCACCGUAAUUGCUUUCGUUCGGUUUCCGUUUGAUUCUAUCUGAUCCUUCUUUCGAGUUCCUCGUUGUUCAUCUCUGGUACACCAAACCAAACACGUACUGACCUGAUCUUGGCUUCAACGUUCGCAUCUGCCAUCACUUUUCUUUGUAAAACGUCAUUAACACGCCUCGUCAUCAACUCCAGUCCUGCGAAACAUGGAUUUUGUCAUUUUAAAGGUAAAUGGUCAAGAUGUAUCGAACUCGAGUCACGAAGACGCGGUGCGUUGCUUUCAAUCGGCCCAGGAACCGAUCAUCGUCGAGGUAUUACGACGACAACCAACUCAACAGCAACAACAGCAACAGCAGCAACAGCAUAGUCAGCGAAUCGGAUGGAAGGAACAGGAGAAUCGAAGCACAGAAUCGGAGAAAGAAUGGGAGAGAACGACCGAAGGUGGCAACAAACGCGAUCAACACGCGAUCAACACCUGUUCGAAUCUGGUGUCGACCGCGGUGCAGACCGACUGGGCCGGACUUCUCGAGACCGAGGAAGAAGAACUGCUGCCGGUCGUCGACGAGCAACCAAACGACAGUUUCGAGGACUUUCUCGCGCACGACAUCGAUUUCGAGGAGGUGACGUUGCGGAAGGCUGGCAGCGCCGAGAAACUAGGACUCACGGUGUGUUACAGUUCCGGAUCCGGCAGCGAAGACGCCGACACCGAGGUCUACAUCUCGGAAAUAGUUCCUGAAAGUUUGGCAGCGCGCGAUGGCCGAUUGCGAGAAGGCGACCAAAUCUUGAGGGUGAACGGAAAGGACGUGGCGAACAAAGAACAAACGGAGAACCUGUUCGCCGAAACGAAAAACGCCGUGACCAUUCUCGUCAGUCGAUGUCUUUAUCAGGGCUCGCCGUUGCUUUCGCCGGACCAUCUACCUUCCUAUCAGAACAGCCUGAUCGAGCAGUUGAUUCGGCAGCAGCAACAGCAGACGGAGGAACGGACCAAAGACGCAGAAGAGGACAGUUCGACGUUAAGGCCGCCGCCGCCGCCGCCUCCACCGGUGCCAUGUCACACGCUCGGACACCAAGCAAACAACAACACCCAUUCUUCGAGCUGUUCUUCUCAAACGUCUCAAAAAUCCUCCGGUAGAAACGCUGCGUCGCCUGCGCGACACGCUGAUCACGAUCGCAAACAGUGGAUGCAGGAGACGUUGAAGGAUUGCUCGAAGAAGAUGGAGGGUCUCUGUGUGCGCGGUCAAUCGCAAACAGGUUGCGGAGGCGGAGGCGGAGGAGGUGGAACGAUCGCGGUUAGGUUGGCAGACGCUUACUCGAAUCACGUGUGGAGCGAAACAGAACACAUCUACGAGACUAUACCGGAGUCUGACAGCGAGCCGAUCUACUCGUCGCCGUACGAACAUCACAGACAUUGGCACCAUGCGAAUCAUACUUCUAGCGUGGUCGCUACUGCACAGCCAACCAUCACCACCGUCCCUCCGCCGCCGACGACCAUCGUCUCUACCUUCGCGAUCGCUAUCACGACUACUGCGAACACCACCACGUCGAACACGGUGAUCCAGUACUCGCAGAACCAAGCGAACCAGAGUGGAAGAUGGUACUGUUCGUCGAAGAGCAACAGCUCGGGCGAGGAGAAGGAUAGCUCGAGCGCGUACAACACCGGAGAAUCCUGCAACAGCAAUCCGCUCACGUUAGAAUUGCAACGCGGUGAAAGGGAUCAUCACAAGAGUACGUUGGUGCUUUGCCCUCCGAAAGCGUUGGCUGUACAGCAACAACAACAGCAGCAGCAGCAACAACAGAGGCUCGGUUGCACGUGCCCCGCGUUCACCAACAGACAGACGAGAAACCAAUCGAACAAAAGAGGCUCGAGUUCUCAUUAUUACAGAGAUCGUGCGACGGAUCCGACCAACUUGCCCGCGGAUACUAUGUACACGAACAUGGCUAACCUUCAGCAAACGAUGCUUCUGCAGCAGCAGCUGUUCAAGCAAGCGCUCGACCGCAGAAACUCGACCAUCGGUGGAUCUAGAGAGAGCAGCAGCGUUACCGCGGUCGCUGCCGGUGGCACUGCGAAAAAGUCCAGGUCUCAUGGUAAUUUUCAAGCACCGAAUUUAACUCGGUACCAGUUUGUCGGCAGUCAACAGGUGUGCGCGUCCAGUUCCUGGAUACCCCCGGAGGACAAAGCGAACGACGUGCAGAUGGAGUGGAAAGUGAAGAGGAGAGCGGACGGAACUAGGUACAUCGCACGGAGGCCAGUCAGGAAUCGCAUUCUGAGAAACAGGGCGAUCAAAAUAUCGGAAGAGCGAGCCGGUCACAGCACGGAAGACGACACCAUGUCGGAAGUGAAGGUUGGCAGAUACUGGACCAAGGAGGAACGCAAGAGACAGCUGGAACGUGCUCGCGAACGCAAACAGAGACAGCAAGAACUUCAGCUGCAGCAACAGCAACAGCAACAACUUCAACAGCAGCAGCAACAACAGCAACAACAGCUUCAAAUGCAGCAGACCAACGAAUUGUUGACGUGCGAGCAUGGCGAGCACGAAAAGCUCGCGAAGAAACCGUUGAAUAUCGUGGAACUGAGUCACAAGAAAAUGGCUCGUAAAAAGAACACCCUGGACGAUUUCACUACCGUUCAGGAGAUGCUGGUUCACGGAAACAGAAUCGGUAGCGCGGGAGGUCCAGGUACCGGUGGCAAACUGAUGGGUCUUCUUUCGGUAACGACCGUUUGAACCGUAUGACCCGCGAUAUCCAAGGAAACGACGAAAAGCAAUUUUUUCCUUGUUCCUGCGUGCUUCCUUUUGUCGCGUUAUAUUUGUCUUGCCACGGACGAUCUCGUCGCUGUUCGAUCGUUUUUCACCGUUCCGUAAUUAUAAUCAAACAUGUAAUUACAUAUUCGAUCCACGCGUUAUCCUAUCACCGCUCCACGAGUUUCCAUUCCUCUUUCUUUGCGCGUCGAUCUCGUCGUUUCAUUUUCGUGUUACAGGGCUACGAAAACCAUGACCGAGCUUUAUCUCGUUUUCAAUUCGUAGCAACUGAAGCGAGUCGUGUAAUGCUCGUGUCGUCGAAGUAGCGUAAAUGCGAACAAGGUUGUACAUAUUUUUCGUAUAACGAUAUAAUAAAUGUAUGUAGAUUAUUUUACACGAGCUGAAACUUUUGCAGACAAAGAAAAUAGAACGAGUACGCUUUUGUAGAUAUGUAUAAUAAACGUAACGAUGGUAUGAAUAAA